UAACGGAAUUGGACUAGGGUACGUAUGUAUAUUCUUUCUCUGUCACACGAUAAUUUGCUUUUCUCCAAGUAACAUAAAUAUCUCUCGAGACUUAGACGUUGUUACGAUCUUCAUAUCUUAUUCUCUUUACCCUAAGUACGGAGCAGUCUAUAAUGGCGCCUUUGAUGUUUACCGUUUCGACGUCUCCUCUCGUCCAUGCCCAUUCGAACAUACGCAACAGUGUUUUCAUGCCCCGCAGGUGCUUCGGCCAAAUCCACUUACACACCACUCCAUCUAUACGUGGCUGCUCUCUCUCCAUUCGCUCCACUUCUUCUCCGUAUUCUGGAUUUACCCGUAUUGAUGGAAAGAAAGAGGCAAAAAGUAUUAGAGAUGAAAUCAAAAUCGAAGUUUCAAGAAUGAAUGCAUCAAAAAAUGUGGUUCCUGGAUUAGCUGUAAUCCUCGUUGGAGAGAGAAAAGAUUCAGCCAGUUAUGUGAGGAGCAAAAAGAAAGCUUGUGAAUCUGUUGGGAUUAAGUCGGUUGAUGUUUGUCUACCUGAAGAUUCCUCAGAGGAAGAUGUGUUGAAAUAUAUCUUAAGCUUCAACGAGGAUCCUUCUAUCCAUGGAAUCCUUGUUCAGUUGCCUCUACCAUCGCAUUUGAAUGAACAUAACAUAGUGAAUGCUAUUUGUAAAGAGAAAGACGUAGAUGGAUUUCACCCAUUUAAUAUUGGACUUCUUGCCAAGCGGGGAAGUGAACCUGAUUUUGUUCCCUGUACUCCAAAGGGAUGCAUCGAGCUAUUGCACCGAUACAACGUUGAGAUCGAAGGAAAAAGAGCUGUUGUUAUUGGACGGAGUAACAUUGUUGGUAUGCCAGUUGCUCAUUUACUGCAGAAUGAGGAUGCAACUGUUACCACUAUCCAUUCGAAAACUAGGAACCCUGAAGAAAUCACACGGGAAGCUGAUAUCCUAAUCGCUGCGGCUGGGCAACCAAACAUGGUUAGAGGAAGCUGGAUAAAACCAGGCGCAGUUGUCAUCGAUGUUGGGAUUAAUCACGUCCAGGAUCUAAAUGUUCCAAGUGGCUCUCGAUUGGUUGGAGAUGUUUGCUAUGAGGAGGCUCGCAAAGUUGCAUCAGCCGUCACACCCGUUCCUGGUGGUGUAGGACCAAUGACCAUAGCCAUGCUUCUAUCCAACACCUUAACAUCAGCUAAGAGUAUUCACAAAUUCCAGUGACCUUUGAGGAAGAUUGCAAACUAGCAAAGGCUUUGUUUAGAUCCAAUAGUUUAUCUGGUCUUUGAUAAAAUGUACCCAACAGAGUUUUAGUUGGGAUAUAAAUUAUUUUAUUGUUUUACAUUUGUUAACUUCUUGUCUAUUUUUUCUGUCAUUUGAUGCAGAACAAGU